GUUGGAUAGGAAAUAUAAUACUGAUGACCACGGUCUAGAAAAGUAUAUUGUUUCCAAAUUCUUGAGAUUCGACAUGAAAGAGGGAAAAUCUGUUUUAGAACAAACACAAGAAUUUGAGCUUAUCUUACAUUCUCUCCGUGAAGCAGAUAUGGAAUUGCCUGAAAAAUUUAAAGUCAUGGCUGUAAUUGAAAAAUUCCCCAAAUCGUGGGAAGAUUUUGGUUUGACUUUAAAACACAAAAUGAAAAAGAUAACUUGGAAAAGUUUGAUGCAUUCCAUUACUGUUGAGGAAGAACAUAAGAAAGCGGGUUAUAUUGUGCCUGUUGAAUUUCAGCCAAAGGCUCAUGUUGUAACCGGGGGAAAGCAGUCACAAAAUUCUAAAAAUAAACAACCAUCAUCUUUUAAACCAAUAAAGGCCAAAUUAAAAAUUGCAAAGAAACCAAAGGCAAACCGGCCAUGCUGGAACUGUGGACAGAUGGGGCAUUGGGCCAAAUUAUGCCCAAAUAAAAAGGCUAAGGCUCAAUCUGGUGGACCUCAAGUCAACGUGGUGACUGGAGGAACUAGUUCCGAUGGCCUGCGGUUGGAAGAACAGUGAUGAUGGGAAACACAAGUGCUGCUAGUGUGCAUGGAGUUGGAAAAGUAGAAAUAAAAUUUCCUUCGGGAAAAAUACUUACUUUGCAUGGAGUGCAUCACGUUCCCGAAAUUAGAAGGAACAUUGUUAGUGGUUCCAUUCUAGUUAGGGAGGGUUAUGAGUUAUCUUUUAAAUUUAAUAAAGUUGUAAUUUUAUUUGGUGGACUUUUUAUUGGCAAGGGUUACUUGUCGGAUGGACUUUUUAAGAUUGUGGUUGAUUAUUUUGAAUUAAAUUAUGUAUCUGAGAAUUGUGAUUCUUCAACUUUAUGGCAUUAUCGUUUGGGUCA